GUUGGUUGCGCUUGUUGCCGCUGUGUGUUGCUCUUCUUCCUGGUGGAGACUUACCUCGGAGGAGCUGCUGAUGUCAUUUCACAGCUUCUGACGAAUCAAAGGAUUCCAAAUUGUUCCUCCUCCAUUGCAAUGAACCGCCCAAGUGAGGAUUAAGUGCGCCUGAGUGUGGUGCGGCAUUCCCCUUUUCUUUGCAAAUGGCUUGCUGUCUGAAGGACGAGCUCCUGUGUUCUAUCUGCCUCAGCAUCUACCAAGAUCCGGUCAGCUUCGGGUGCGAGCACUACUUCUGCCGCAAGUGCAUCACCGAGCACUGGAGCCGGCAGGAGCCGCACGGCGCGCGCGACUGCCCCGAGUGCAGGCGCACCUUUGCCGACCCGCUGCUGUCGCCCAGCCUCAAGCUGUCCAACAUCGUGGAGCGCUACUCGGCCUUCCCGCUCGACGCCAUCCUCAACGCCCAGCGCAGCUCGUACCCCUGCAAGGACCACGAGAAGGUCAAACUCUUCUGCCUCACCGACAAGAGCCUGGUGUGCUUCUUCUGCGACGAGCCGGCGCUCCACGAGCAGCACCAAGUCACCACCAUCGACGAGGCCUACGAGGAGAUUCAGAGGGAGAUGAAGGAGCAGCUGGCCACCCUGCAGGACAGCGAGAAGGGUCACACCGAGGCCCUGCAGCUCUUGCAGAGACAACUCACUGAGACCAAGUCGUCAGCCAAAGGUCUCCGCGCCACCAUCGGAGACGCCUUCGAGCGCCUCCACCGCUUCUUGCGUGAGCGUCAGAAGAGCAUGCUGGAAGAAUUGGAGAUGGAUACGGCCCGCAAACUGACUGACAUUGAGCACAAGAUCCAGCGCUAUAGCCAGCAGUUGCGCGACGUCAAGGAGGGCAUCCAGAUCCUGCAGGAACGUCUCGACGAGACGGGGCGCCACGACUUCCUCGAGGGCGUGGCCGUCACAUCCGAGAGGAUUAAAGGGAAGAUCCAUGAGACCAACCUGACUUAUGAGGACUUCCCCACAUCCAAGUACAUGGGACCUUUGCAGUACACCAUCUGGAAGUCUCUCUUCCAGGAUAUUUCUCCAGUGCCCGCCGCCUUGACGCUAGACCCCAUCACGGCCCACCAAAGACUGAUCCUAUCCGAUGACUGUACCAUCGUGGCCUAUGGGAACCUCCACCCGCAGCCACUGCAGGACUCGCCACGCCGCUUCGACGUGGAGGUGUCCGUCCUGGGCGCCGAGGGCUUCGCGUCCGGCGUGCACUACUGGGAGGUGAUGGUGUCGGAGAAGACCCAGUGGAUGAUCGGCGUGGCCAGCGAGACGGUAAGCCGCAAGGGCAGCAUCCAGAUCCAACCGGGCCGCGGCUUCUACUGCAUAGUCAUGCACGACGGCAACCAGUACAGCGCCUGCACCGAGCCCUGGACCCGUCUCAACGUCAAAAGCAAGCUGGAGAAGGUGGGUGUGUACCUGGACUACCCAAAAGGCCUGCUCAUCUUCUACAAUGCCGACGACAUGUCCUGGCUGUACACCUACCGUGAGAAAUUCCCCAUGAAGGUCUUCCCUUAUUUCAGUCCUGGCCAGAGCCACGCCAACGGCAAGAAUGUGCAGCCUCUGCGGAUUAAUACCGUACGCCUUUAAGAGAUCCACGCGGCCGUCCUCGGUUUGAUGAAAAAUUGAAAAUGUUGCGUUUGAGGUGUACGUCUGCGCCACCAAAAGACUCCAUUUGAGAUCCAACACAAAAUGGAAGCAGUGUUGCUUGAGGGGCUAAAAUUGGGCCGCAACUAUCCAUUUUCAAGCUGUCCUAGUUGACAAUGGUCAAAACGCUGACAACACCCUCGUUUAAUUCAGUCAGUCACAUGGUGCCGCUGCUUUUUUUGUUUUUCCGUUUUGAGCCUCAGUGAUGUUUGACUUGUGAUGGCUGUCACUUAAGAGAAAACAAAAUGGAAGCAAAGGGUCUGUCCCUGGAGAUGAAAUCCGGCAGUGAUCAUCUGUUUUGCAAUGCUUAUGUUGUUCCGGGUGACUUCUUUGUCUCUUUUCUUUGUUUUUUCUUUGUUCGAACCUGUGGAACCUUCCACUGUCUCUGCACUUUUGUGUCUGUCCACCCUGAAGGUGUCUAUACCAGAAAACAAUGCUGCUAUUGAGGGAAAAAUGUAUAUCCUUUUCUCUGUAUGCUCCCUUCGCAACACACUUUAUGAGAAUUACUACAAAGGAUUCACAUACAGGGAGUCCUCAUUCACAUUCCUAUGCAGUCCACAUGACUUGAAUUGCUAGAUAAGCGGGAAUGUGGCGUCGUCUAUCACUAACCUAUGAUGACCCCCUCAGUCAAGUCGAAAUUACAGUCAUUAUUUGUGUGGGACAUCCAAGUUGCAAAUCGUAAAUGACACGUAACGGUAUUUUAUAGGUUCGGCUUUGUGACAUUCACUGAGUUGUAUCGCUCUCAUCCAUCAGGACCUUUCUUUUCUCGGAGUGACUUCCGUUUCCAGUUCUGUCGUUCCCUGGUGGUUUUUGAUGUAGCUAUAGGAAAAACGUAUUCUCCUAGGUUAUGUUGAAUCAAUGCUUAGUGGUGCUAUAUCGCCGCUAAUCCAUGGGAUAAAAUCACAGACGUGUUCGUUCCAAGUAUUCAGCUUAAGCGGCACAUGAGUCCGAAGAACCUCUCGUCUCGCAGACAAAUCUAGCACGCUGGCUGAUUUGUGUGCGUGACUGCGUGUCUGUGAACGUUUUGAAUCCAGCGCGUGAGUCAUCCUUCAUUAAGCCAGUCUGGAACAAAACUGUGUUUUUUGUCAUGUUGCACCUCUACCUGCUUGUGUGGCUAACCAGGAAAGGACAAAGUUUGUAUUGUUGCUUGUGUUUGUUGUCGUUGUUGUGGUUGUUGAUUUGCACCGAUCUGUCAGGGUUAUGUUUCUGAUGAGUACAAUCCAUUGGUCUGCUUUAAAAAAAAAAAAACAGGGCUCAACCAAUCAGGACGCUGGAACUGAAAGGUUGCAAAAGUGGGUCCUCGCGUUGGCGACACCUCAUUGACAUUGCCGUUUUGCGUUUCAAUAUUUAAAAUGAGAUUACUGUGCGAUGCUAAGUAGGCAGCGAGGAUGGCGGAAAUACCGUCCUAAUGUGUUUAUGAAUUGAUGAUGUUGACUAUGACACUUUUAUGAUUCUCUCGAUGAUUGUGUCCUUGAACGAUGGCUGCUGUGCUCCCAUUGACUUGUAAACACUCCAGUGUGGGGAAAUGUAUUUUAAUGUACAAUAAAUGACUGCUAAAAUCA